CACUCGAUGUCCCAACCCCAGUCCGAUCCGCAACGUUACACUGCAUAAACUACUUCAGAGACAGUCAUCAACAACUGAUCCAACAAACAUUUCGUAGUGAACCUAGCUAGCUGGAUAUGUAGGCGAUCUUCAACAAAUUCCAAACUGGCGUCUGAUGCAGGUGGCUGGCUGUGGACCGACAUCUGUCAGAUAAAUUUGCCUGUGACUGUGUGCGGAACAUUUUAGAGAAACUUCUGACAGGAAGUUUUUGUGAUGAAUGGCACCUUAGCACUACAGUACACCAAGUCAUCCAGUGUUUCCAGAGGCCGCAUGCCGGACUUUGAACUUAUCAGUGAUUUGCUUGAGCCAAGCAGUGAUUAAUAAAAAAAAUACCUGUUCUGCCGAAUGUCUGUGCAAGGACUGCUGUUGAAAAGAAGGAGCACAUUCUACCUCUCGGCUCGAGUCUUUGCCUUUGGUGUCCAGGAAGCUAGCAAGGCUGUGUAGCUUUAGUCUAGCUUUGGUCUAGUGUGAAUCUCUGAUACUGGCCUCAAGAAGCACCAAUCACAAUGGUGAAUAAAAAGAUUGGAUUCUGUGUAACGGCAAUGGUGUGUGCACUCGUUGCCACCGUCAUCGCUCUCCGCUUCAUGUGGAAAGACGAACUAGCGGACGAACACAGCAGCAAGCAGACCAUAUUUGGCAUGAUAUCGGUGCUGUCCUGUAUACUGACGUUUGGUUGCUAUGGUAUCUUCAUCAAGUCGCCAAGCGUGCAGGAACUACAAAUUGAUCCAGGCGUAUUUCAGGUGUAUCUCUCCAUUGGUGUGUCAGGCACACUGAUGUGUGUUGCCUUCUACACGCCGACAGACUUUGAUCCCAUCAUGCUGCUCACCUGGGGUAUCAUAGGUGCUGGUCUGUUGGUGCCAUGUCAGAUUUUUGGCUACAUUGCUAUCAAUAACGUUGGCUAUGCCGUCGGUCCAGCCGUGUGGGCUGGUCUGACUAUGGUGGUGUCGUUCCUGUGGGGUGUGCUCAUGUUCAAAGAGGAGCUGGAGAGCUUACCAGGCAGUAUCGGUGGCCUUUGUCUCCUUUGUGUAGGCAUCGGUGGAGCAGCAAUGUGCCAAUCGGAGGUGCCUAACCGAGUCGUGGGAAUGUGUUUUGGCCACAGCGAGGAUGAGCAGCGCUCUCUGCUCAGUGUUCAGUCUUCCAAACCAUCAGAGGGGGACUCGUCGCAGAGUGGUGGCGGUGGCUCGUUCAUCAUCGGCAUAACAGCGGCCAUCGUUGUGGGUGUGCUAAACGGAUCGCUGAUGGUUCCAUUUCACUACUACUCCAAGGCUGUCAGUGACCCGAAUGCCGCUAUCAGCUACUCUGUCAACUUUGCAGCAGGAAUUGCCAUUGUCACCCUGCCCGUAGUCUUCACAUGGUUCUUGAUCAAGCACGGCACGAACUGGCCGCCAUUCCAUUUCUAUCGCGUUGGAUUGCAAGGACUUGUAACCGGAUUCUACUGGGCAUGCGGCUACUUUCUGGCUACGUACGCAACGCAGUACUUGGGCAAUGCCGUCGGCUACCCUCUAACCCAGACGUGCAUUCUCGUGAACGGCUUGUGGGGAAUUCUCUAUUACAAAGAAAUUCGCGGCAAAGUGAAAGUUUCCUUGUUUGCCAUGUCUGCUUUAAUCAUCAUCGGAGGAGCUGCAGUCUUGGCCAAAUUUGGGACCAAAUAGCAGAACACGCAUACUUCUGUUUCAGAAGCAGGCAACAACUUCACACAAGCGGUUUGAUCUUGAAGUUUGAUUUUUUUGUCUGCUUUCUAUUGUUUUGGGUUGUUUUUCUUGCCAUGCCCAUCACUCAAAGUUUGAGCUGGCCUCACUUUGGGGUCUUCCUAUACUAGUAUAUUUUUCCAAGACUUGUUAGCGGUGUGAAACCCUGAUUUAUGGGGUGAUUUAUAUCUUCUACGGCACAUUAGAGACAGUAUGCUACGUACAUGCAGCCAUUGUUCAUUCUUCUUUAUCGGUAGACUGCCAGCAUAGUAUCUAUCAAUUUAUCCAAAAAUCCGGUGCUCACAUGUUUUACUAGGUUAUUCUCAUCUCGUAUUGAGGCUUCUAUUGGAUUUUUAAAACAACACUUCUGUCGGUUCUGUCCGCAGAUUGAGGAUUUUUAAACUAGUACUUUUCCAAUUAAUUUCACCAAGCACGCAGACGUAAUACCCGUAUGCGCAGCUGCACCUUUCUCUUUAGCUCCAAUCCCAGCCAUGUCUUUGACUCACUUUCACAUAACACUGGUGCAGUCUCAGGCGUCUUUUCCGAUGACUUUUAUAGACAGAUUUCAGUAGACAUAAUUUUCUCCAUAUAACUUCAAAGGCUUCUACAGCCAAGUGUAUUUUACCCUCGAAUUGGCGUCUAUUUACAGGAAUUUGAUCUGAGCUACAUGAUUGUACAUGUCUCCCUUUUAUGUUACUUCCCUCCAAUCACAGAUGCAAUCCACAUCCAUGCCUUCUCAAUAUAUUAUAUCUAUUUUUUAACCAAAAGUAUACAUUUUUAUCCAAAAACAAAAUCUUCAAACACUAUUGCAAAGUUGUACAAAACAAAAUUUAAAGAUUUAGAACAUGCCAGCACCCAAUUGGUUAUUACUACAAUUGGUUAACUUAAUAAUGAUUCCACGACUAAUCGUUGGCCGGAUGUUUCCUUGAUUGUCAAAACGAA